AUGCCUGCCGCCAAAGUCAUCAGUGAAGAGCCUUUGGACAACAAAGACGCGAAAUGGAUCCGUCUCAAGAAGAUUCAUUACACUGAUCAAGACGGAAAACAGAGACUUUGGGAGUCUGCUGAGCGCACAACUCGCAAGGAUUCUGGAAUAGACGGCGUUGCUGUCCUCGCUGUCCUUCGUUCCAAGACCAAGGCUUUCCCCCUCUCGACAGUCAUUAUAGAGCAAUACCGUCCUCCUCUCGACAACAUCGUUAUUGAACUCCCUGCUGGUCUUGUCGAUGCAGGAGAAACAGCCGAGGCAGCAGCCAUUCGAGAAUUGAAGGAGGAGACAGGAUACGAGGCCGAUAUGACUACCGAACCCGAGUCCUCGCCGAUCGUUGUCAGUGACCCAGGAAUGACUAAUUCCAACAUGAAACUCGUGGUUGUAAGUGUCCUCCUAGAAGAUAAACUCGAAACUCCUACCCCGUGUCUUGAUGAUGGGGAACAUAUUAUCACUCGCGUCGUAGAGCUAGACCAACUCGAUACCGAAAAGUACAGACUUCACUCACCCAACACACAGGGCUUUGUAGUAGAUGCUAGGCUCUCUCACUUCGCAGCUGGUUAUGCAAUGGCGAAGAGGAUCAGUAUCGGCGCAUUCCCCUGA